UUCAGCCCGCCUCCUUUCUUUGCUAGACUCACAAAAGAAUCAUCGGUCCUGUUGUGUUCUAACAUUUUUGGGCUGUGGACUUUUUUCUCCCGGAAGUUGGAAUGUGUAAAUAUUAUGAUUAAUGGACAGCAAUGAUUAGCGGAUGGAUGGAGCUGCUUCCUUUUGUGGCAGUUUCUGCCACAAUAUACCGUCCAUAUGUGACUCUGCGCUACUACGUGUCCUUCUCGUGACGUUGUCUCUUCUAUGUGCUGAUGUAGAAGCUCUCCAGGUGAUUGGUGGAAGUGUGACAGUGGAACAAGGAAGUACCGCUAUCUUAUCAUGCUAUGUCACUGGUACCAAUGAUGACCUGACACAGAUUACCUGGCAGAGGAAGACGAGAGAAAAACCUCACAAUGACAAUUUCCUGACUAUCUUACCCAGAGAGGGACAACAGUUUGUCAAUGGAGGUGAUGAUCGAUUUAAAUAUAUCGGGAAUUUUAACAACAAAAAUGGAACUCUCCAGUUAUCCAAUGUUACCCUGAAGGAUGAAGGCAGCUACACGUGCAUCUUCACCUUGUUUCCAAGUGGAAAUCAGAAGACUGAGAUACCUCUAAACUUGCUUGUGCCUCCAUUCACAAGCGUCAAGGACAAUUUUCCCACUUUGGGCACAGAAGAGGUUUUAUUUGCUACCUGCACGGCUGCUGGAUCGAAGCCUCCUGCAGAGGUGAGGUGGCUCACUGAUGGUUUGGGAGACAAAGUGAGGACAACAACAAACUCCACACAGUAUGACAACGAUACAACUACCACAGUCAGCUCAUUGUUUGGCGUUCCUACGAGAGAGAUUAACGGUCAACAGGUCCAAUGUGUUAUCAGAGGUGACUCCCUGUCUAAAGAAGAGAGUCUGCCCUUCACUAUACAGAUCUACUUUUCUCCCACAGAAGUGAACAUUAGCGUGAUUUCAGAGGACUCGUUCGAGUGUGUGACAGAAGCCAAACCAAAUGCAAACUUUACCUGGAGCAGAUCUGGCCAGUCUUUGCUGCAGUCUUCUGUCAAAGUAGACGGUGCAAAGCUACAACUGCUGAGCCUGACCUCUGAUCUAAAUGGCCUUUAUCAGUGUGAAGCAUCUAACACAUAUGGAAGUAAGCGCGGCCAGCUCUACGUGCAUGUGGCAUCAGGAGCGUGCUCUGCUGCAUGGGCCUUACUUGGUGUUUUUAUAUGUGUUUUUUUCCUGAGCAUCGUUGGGGCUGCAGUAUGGUACUUUUAUACACAUGAAGAUCAAAGUGCGGUGGUGUUGGAGGGGAAACUGAACUUUUCGAAUUGUUGUCCCAAAAUUUCCAGGCGUAGGUUUACACUUUUUUGGCAGCGUGUCCCAACAAAUGAACCAGCUGGUGACAGUGCAGCGCAACAAGAACAACAACAGAUGGAGCAAUCUCUGUGACAGCUGUGGAAGCAAAGGAUGAGCAACAUCUGGACUGAAUGCUCGACCAACAUGACAUUCUAGAGUCAGCUGCUAAAUGAACAGAUGAAGAACAGGUGGAGGUACUCGGUGUCCGUUUAUCUCUCUGCCCCACUUUUGUUUAUCAUGUCUUAGUUUUAAAUGAAGUUUCUUUAUUGCUUUCUUGUCACUGCCAUGGCAUUUGGGUUCUACCUUGACAUACCAGCUCUGGCUAAUAUGAAUGGCAGUUUUUCUAUGACAUUUGCAUCUCCUGAUAACAAAAGCCUUUAAGCUACUGAGGAUUUCAACCCACAGGGCUUCUGUUUAAAACAAUGUUAUCAGUGUUAUCAGUACACCACAGAGACUCGCACAGACAGCACAAACAGUCAAGUGAAGCACACCGUCUGAUUACCUUGUAAUCCGAACCAGUAAAAUUACCACAUAGUACAUAACACUUGAAAAAUAGAGCCCCACCCUUGUUAGCGCACGGCAGAUGUUUUGCUUGGAUAAUCUAACAUAAAGCAACAUACAAAGAAAUUUGAAAGAAAAAAACAUCUUUUAAAAAAUCUUAGUGAGGUUUUGUUACUGUGUUGAAUUAUUGGUUGUUUCAUUUUGUUUUUUUAAUUAAUUUGAAGAAAAUCAAAGGUCUUCACCCUUCUGAAAUUUUUUAAUUUAACUGUAAAAAGCAGUACGUUGUAGCAUUUUCCAGGCGAGUAUAGUUAGAAAGGUCACAUUUCUCUCAUUAAUCAUUAAUCUUAAUGACUGUAUUAAUUUAGAUUACAUGCUGGUCAAUGUUUAAUGUCAAACUAGAACAGAACACCAAAGCAUACACACUAAAAUGCUGGAAAUUUUGUGGUGGUACUCAACACACUGCAGUUUAAAAGUCUGCUUCAGCAUCUUGACUAAAAGUAUCAACCAGGAAAGAAAAGUUUGAGAAAAUUAAACAAGCUAUUUAUGAUUUUAUAGUAUUCACACACGUAAUAAGUUAUUAGUUCAAUGUUAUCUUCCUAUUUUCGCUCUUUGUCAUAAUGUGCAGUGUGAGGAAUAAUAAAAAACAGCGACUGAUCAGCAAGAGUAAGCAUAGGGUAAUUGAUAAAGAAGUAAAAGCAAAGGUCUGUUCAGGUGUAGGAAAGAAGUAUUCCCUACAUCCCCCUUCAUGAAUCACCACCUUAUCACAGGGGUUUGCGUGCCAUUCUGAUCCCAGGAGCUAUGUUGUUGAGGACAGUUUGGCCCUGGUAGGGCCUCCCAAGGCAAAGUGUUCAUGGGUAAAGGGCCAGACCAAGUGUGAUUCAAAAGAGUUCGAUGAUGAGAAGUUACUUGACAAAAUCUUGGUUACCAGGGCCCCUUCAUAAGGCCAAACUUAGUCAAGGGGCUAUUUUUGGAAAGACCCAUUAUUCAUGGGUCCUGGCUGACCCCAGUUACUCCAGUGAACCCAUCACCUGCUGGAGGGACCAUAUUGGUCCAGUGUUAUGUGGAUCAGGUGCUAAAACUGGUUUGUGAUAUACGGUGAUAAUCAAGUGUUCCUUUUUGAGCAGUGUACUAUGUUGAGUAUCAUACAUAAUGAGAAAGGUUUUCUAAAAUGUCCACUCAGGCAAAACAAGCUUUGUUAAUGAUUUGUUAACAGCUGCACUCCAGCUGCUGUAGGUGGAGAGCAGUGACCAGUCUUAUAAAGUCACACUUCACACAUGGCUUUAUUAAAUGUACUGCUAAUUAACAAAAAUUAAUUGUUUUAUGAUUAGAUUUUUUUUCCCACCAGAUUUGUCAUUGACUGAAAUAUUAUGUGAUAGAGCAGAAGGCGCGUAUUGUGUGAGGAUGUUAGCGUGAUGUUAAGUAGAAAGAAAAAUUUUAAUCAUAUUCCAUGUUUUCAAGUGUUAAGUGCUUAUUCUAAAUUAUUAUCAUUAAAUUCUGGGUUUGUUUUAUUUUGCUUUGUUUUUAAUGUUCUAGUGUUGUUGAUUCACAGUUUCCAUUGUCUCACUGGUCAUGAUGGUACAUAUGUGGAUGUUUCAGUAUAAAUCUUUUUACAGUUUUAAAUAGUCAAGCAAACUGCAGCUAUUAAUAAUUGCUACAAAAACAAUACCUCUUUUUAUACUUUUUAGAAGUGUACUCUGGUACUGCCUGAAGUUUUUGUUUUAAGCUGCUUCACUUUUGUAAAAAGUUAAUUCGCAUAUUUAACUGCUGUUACAAACAAGCUUGAAGGGGGCCAUAGCAGCGUGUUGUUUUAUACUAUUUAUAUUUUAGGAUAGAAACUGCUGACUCAUCUUGUCUGGAUCUUGUUGCUAAAUCUGUUUUUAGAUUUAGUAAUGGAUGUAAAGAUAUUCUUUGCCUUUUUCCUGCAUACUGCUGAAUAUUGUAAAUUUAGUUACAUAACUUUUUUAAUCCUUGUUAGCAUUAGCAAUUAGCAUUCACUUGCGUGUGUAUUUUAACUCUACACUUUAUAUUAUUCAUCAGAUUUUUUUUCUUUCCUUUAAACCUAACAAUGAAGACAUGACACUUUAUGGUUUUAAACCUUUUAAGAAAGUGAGAUCAUUAAAAAUGUUUUCAUUUUUAAAGUAUAUCCAUGCACCGUACAUGAUAACAGUGGUUCUCAAGCUGUGGAACAUGGCCCCACUGGUGAAGCAUCAUGGAAAAAAAAGGUUUUGUUUUUUUUUUGUUUUUGUUUUUGUAAAAGCCAUUAAAAAAACAAGAGUCUGUUGCUUUCAAUGCUGACUUUGAACUAAAAUUCAUCUUGUACCUUUUUGAUUUGUUAAUGAGUAAUUAAUUACUUAACUAAUUACAAACUCCUUGAUGUGGACACUAAACUUUUUUUUAUUAUUUAAUUUCAUUCAUUUCAUUUUUCAUUUAUACAGUGGGGCAUGUCAGAAAAAGUUUGAGAACCACUGUGUUAAAGCAUUACACAAGUAGGUUUCCAUGUUGUCAGAAAACUAUUCAUCACCAUUAAUUAUUAUUAUUAGUAGUAUUAUUAUUUAAUACUGUAUAGCCUGUACUGCUGUCUCCAAUGGCUUUUUUAAUGCUGACAGGAACUGUUUUAAGAUAUACCUGCUGUUUUUUUUUUUGUUUUGUUUUUUUAAAAGGUUGACUAAACUGAACAUUUGAAACAAAUUUAAUGUAUCCAGAGAAUGUUAAAUUUUUAUCCCGAUUGCCAGGACAAACAAUUUCUCUGAAUUGUGUGAAUGAAUUGUAUUCAUCAUUUUGAUUUGAAUUAGGUUCUGUAACAACUGUUUAUUAUUUGUUCUUUUGUCAUUAUAUUGUUAUAACUAUUUAUAAUUUGUAUGCUUUAAAUAAUAUGCAGUAUACCUACUCUGAUAGUCCAGGCUGCAUUGAUAUAAAACUUGAUUAUCAUACAAUUAAUACACAAGUAAUACAACUGGCAAACUAAAUAGGUUUCCUGCAGUAGCAUUGUGCUAAUAACUCUCACGGAUGUUAAUGUUGCAUUCCUUUCCUUUAGUUCAAUAAAAAUCAAUUAA